GGGCGCUCCCCGCCCGCUUCCGGGGCACGGGGGGCAACGCGCGCACAUGGCCGCGAACAUGUCGCCGGACGAGGAGGAUGUGCAGCGGCUCCUGAUCCAGUUCCGCGAUGAGGCAGGGGAGUGCCUGGGCUCCCCCUUCGAUGUCCCGGUCACCAUCACUCCGGACAAGCUGCAGCUGGUCUGCAACGCCCUCCUACAGAAGGAUGAGCCGGUGCCUCUGGCCUUCUUCGUCCACGAUGCCGAGAUCGUGGCGUCGCUGGAGAAGACCCUGGCAGGGCAGAGCGUGGAGACAGAGAAGGUCCUGGACAUCAUCUACCAGCCGCAGGCGGUGUUCAGGGUGCGAGCCGUGACACGCUGCACCAGCUCCUUGGAGGGACACACCGAGGCUGUCAUCUCCGUGGCUUUCAGCCCCACGGGAAAGUACCUGGCGAGCGGCUCUGGGGACACCACUGUCCGCUUCUGGGACCUCAGCACGGAAACGCCGCAGUUCACAGCCAAAGGUCACCGGCACUGGGUGCUCAGCAUUGCUUGGUCACCUGAUGGCAAGAAACUGGCCUCGGGCUGCAAGAACAGCCAGAUCUUUCUCUGGGACCCAGCCACUGGCAGCCAGAUCGGCCGGGUGCUCUCUGGCCACUCCAAAUGGAUCACAUGCCUGUGCUGGGAACCACUCCACAUAAACCCAGAGUGCCGUUACCUGGCCAGUGCCUCCAAGGACGGCAGCAUCCGCAUCUGGGACACGCUGAUGGGCAGGUGUGACAAAAUCCUCACAAGCCACACGCAGUCGGUGACCUGUGUGAAGUGGGGGGGUGACGGCUUGCUCUACUCCUCCUCCCAGGACAGGACCAUCAAAGUCUGGAGGAGCCAGGAUGGGGUCCUGUGCCGCACCCUGCAGGGCCACGCUCACUGGGUGAACACCAUGGCCCUGAGCACCGACUACGUUCUCCGCACCGGCGCCUUCGAGCCGGCCGAGGCCACCAUCAACCCCCAGGAUGUCAGAGGCUCCUUGUCAGAACUGAAAGACAGGGCACUGCAGAGGUACAACCAAGUCCGGGGUCAGGAACCAGAAAGGCUUGUCUCAGGGUCAGAUGAUUUCACCCUGUUUCUUUGGAGACCGGCAGAAGACAAGAAGCCACUCGAGAGAAUGACAGGCCACCAGGCAUUGAUUAACCAAGUCUUGUUCUCGCCAGACACCCGGAUAAUAGCUAGUGCUUCCUUUGACAAGUCCAUAAAGCUCUGGGAUGGCAGGACAGGAAAGUACCUGACGUCGCUGCGGGGCCACGUCUCGGCCGUGUACCAGAUUGCCUGGUCAGCCGACAGCCGCUUGCUGGUGAGCGGCAGCAGCGACAGCACCCUCAAGGUCUGGGAUGCCAAGACAAAGAAACUGGCCGUGGAUCUGCCUGGCCAUGCGGAUGAGGUGUAUGCAGCGGAUUGGAGCCCGGACGGACAGAGGGUAGCGAGCGGAGGGAAGGACAAGUGCUUGCGGAUAUGGCGUCGAUAGGAACAGUGACAUGGAGCUGCUGGUCCUGCCCUCAGCACAGUCCUGGGAGAUCUCCAAGGAGAUGGAUGAAGAGAUUGACCCAAACACGGCUCCGUGUUCCCACUGGCAACUCUUCCUCAUGGACUCUUUCUUUAUAUUUAUUUAAGGAAAUUUUAAUUUAGUUCUUAUUAAGAGCUGUACAUUGCAGGAUGAGUUCCUCUGAACAUCACAGGAGGGAUAUCUCAUCUGCCACCAUUUCAACUAGGUUUUUAUUGGAAUUUCAGCUUCACAGUAGCCAUUGUCCUGAAAGGGGCAAGCGAAGGGCAGAGACUGCUCGUGCCCUUUCUUGCUCUGUGAAGAAUCCUGUGGAGAAGAGGGUUUUGUGGGAACAGAGAGGAUUGUCCUUGUGUGGCCUUCAGAGAGAGAGAAAAAUGGGAAAAUUCAGCACAUCAUUCCAUUGCAGAAUUGCUUGGCUGCAUGAUCUGGGACAAAGAUAUGCUGAGAAUGAGGACUUGGGGCUUCUCAUUAUUCCACUAAGGUUUUGCCUUUCCACACAAUCCCAUUUCCCUGCAGGCUGUGCUGAGCAUUAUCUGCCAGUGAUCCUCUGCAUCCACAGCAGAUAACUCCUUUGCUAAUCUGUUCAGGAUGCAACAGGCCUGGACUUCAAAUGACUGCUGGAGCUGCGCUGAGUUUUCAGGUUUCAGCAGCUCUUGGGAAUGGGAAAAUGAGACUCUGAACAGGGGAGUGAGUGUCCAUUUCCCAUCCACCACUGGCUCGGGGGAAGGAAGAACAGGGUGGGGAAGAAUGGAGCAGGAAGUUUGUGUGCCACUUGUCCCUUGCCCUGGAUACGUGUUAACAGCAGGACUGGGACCAAUACAGAAAAUAGCAAUACUUCCAUUGCA